CGCAGUGUUUCUCGUGCGCUCGACUCGUGUGUGAGACGUUUGGUGGAAAUCCUCACAGGUGGUGAAGUAUCGUCCUGUCGGCCGUCGUGUCUAAUUGAUUUUUCGCUUGAACUUUGAUAGGUUUUGCUACCGGCAGCAGUUUCGACCGCUUCUCAGACAUCUUUGUGAACAAAAGAAGAAAACGUGCAUCGAUCGCGAUUGAUCGAAAAAGGCCAGAGCCACUUCAAGCGGCAGAACCAGUUUGGGAAAAAAGUGUUUGUUCAUCUCGUCGUCGUCGUCGCACAGUAGCCGUGUAGCACCCAGCGGCAACGAAAAUCUCGAUAAAGUGAGAAAGUGCGAGGAAGGAAAAAAUAAAGAAAAAGUGGUUUUGUUGGUGCGUGCAGCGGGUUCGGUGAAUGUGAGUACGAAGAAAAGGCAGAAAAGGGGAUCUAGCGCAAGAAAAGUGCAUCUCGAGUGAGUGAAAGGUGAAAGAGGAAUAAGAAGAAGCCAAAGCAAGGUGAAAAACCUGUCCGACGUCGGUUCGUUCAUUCGGUGGCUUGUUUGUCAUCCUCUCAUCGCCCUCCGCCUGCGCCUGCCCUGCUUCGUCACAUUCGUGUUGAUCCGCGAGAUCCCAUCAAAUCGUUCACGCGGUGUCGUCGCUGCCGAUAAGCGAGCGGGUCUAGUGUUUGUGUGUGUGCGUGAAUUUCUGCUGAAAGGAAAAGCCUACUGAGAACGUGACAAGUUUGAAAAUAAGAUUGUGACGCACAACCCACCAUGUCGAGCCAACAGAAGCAUCGAAUCCCGGUCCCGGACGGAUUGCGUGAUGUGCUGCUGGAGUUCUCGAUAGCAUACCUGCUAGAACAGCCGGGCGAUGUGAUCGACUACGCGGUGGAGUUUUUCUCCAAAUUACAGGAAAACCGAAAAACCACCAUGAUCACAGCGGCCGAACCCAGCUCACCGGACGAGAGCAUCAUGUCACACGAAGAAGAGCCCCUAGUGAAUCGGUACGCCUCCCGCAGGAAAUCUGUGUUCGCGGAGACGUACGACCCGGAGAACGAUGACGAUGACGAUGGAGCCCGGGCGAUAUUUCCCAAAACGGACGAACAGCGUUCACGGUUGUGCGAUUCAGUCAAAAACAUUCUUCUGUUCCGGUCGCUGGAUAAGGAACAGAUGAACGAAGUGCUGGACGCCAUGUUCGAGAAAAAAGUCAAAGCAAAAGAUUAUAUUAUAAAGCAAGGAGAUGACGGAGACAACUUCUACGUUAUCGAAUCAGGAAUUUACAAAGCUUACGUAGGAGAAGAUCAAAAACAUAUACACACGUACGAUAAUAGCGGUAGUUUCGGAGAACUAGCUCUUUUAUACAACAUGCCAAGAGCUGCCACCAUCCAAGCAGAAACGGACGGUCAACUGUGGGCGAUGGACCGUCAAACGUUCCGAAGGAUUUUGCUCAAGUCUGCGUUCAGAAAACGGAAAAUGUACGAAGCACUACUGGAUGCGGUCCCUAUGCUGAAAACGUUACAGAGUUACGAACGCAUGAACCUGGCCGAUGCUCUUAUACCCAAGACGUUUGCGAAGGGAGAACGAAUCAUCAAGCAAGGGGAUGCCGCCGAUGGCAUGUACUUCAUCGAGGACGGUAAAGUUUCGAUUCGCAUUCAGCAGGACGCCGGUGAGGUAGAGAUCUCGAACCUAGAGAAGGGACAAUACUUUGGCGAGUUGGCACUGGUCACCCAUCGGCCACGUGCCGCUUCGGCGUACGCCGCCGACAACGUCAAAGUGGCAUUUUUGGACGUGGACGCAUUCGAACGGCUGCUCGGACCCUGCAUGGACCUCAUGAAGCGCAACAUCGGCGACUACGAGUCACAGCUGGUGAAAAUUUUCGGCAGCAAGAAUAACAUCAGCGACAUCCGAUAAGCAGGUGGUUACUGUGUAGUAACCACCGAGAAUGCAGCGUCUUCGAUCGUCACCGCCCGCCACGUUGUACCGUGAGUACUCAAACAAGUUCACGUUUCAAUUUGUUUCGAAAUUCGAAGGAGGUUUCGGGAACGCCUCUGACUGUGGUGCAAUUUCUUUCUGGAGUUCCGCCCAAGACAUCACAAGACGACGCAUGGCGUCCGAUGAUGCUUCUGGGUAGACGAUUUUUACCAUCUUACAACAGCAGCAGCAGCGUAGCCCGGAAGUGUUGGAUGGAGGUUUUCUGCGUUUUAUUGUUUUGUGAAAGAUUGUGCGGAGGUUUCGUGUCAGAGAGAGGAGGCAGUUCAGCAGAGAAUUGGCGGUGAUGACUACUUCACCAUCAAUUCGAAAUCAGACGCAAGCAAGAACAUCCUGUCCGCCAUUGAAAUCUUCAUUUAUUGUUAUUGUUUUGUUAAUUUUUGCAUACAUUGAGUAAUGCGUAGUGUAUUGUUUUUAGGCUAGCCGAAGGAGCUUUGAUAGCGAAAUUUAUGAGAAAUGGACAUUUAUAUUCAUCAGCAGAUUGAUAUGGAACAAACGAAGCAUUAUUGAGAGAAAAAGAUAAUAUUAAUUGAUUUGUAGAAUCGGAUCCAUUGUAGGUGGUAGUGAGCGAAAGCGAUCGAUUUAAAAAAUGAAAAAGAUAAAAUGGAACGAACUCACCACCGCCGCUGUAAAAGCAUCAGAUUAAAUGAUAUAAGUGAAGCAAAUUAUCAUAGAAAAUCAAAUAUUUGACAAAAAGCAAAUAGCGAUUUAUUUCAAUUGUAAAUGUUUUGUAUGAAGGAAAAUUAGCCAAAUACAUGGAAAAUGGUGAAUUAUCCGGAAAUUAAUAGGUGUGUGUUAAGCAAAGAAAAAAACUGAUAACAUCAAUAUCGACAUAACAACAAAAAUUGUACUGUAUUUUGAUGGCGAAAUGAACUGUCUAUAAACAGCAAGAUUGAUAAACAAUAGAUGGAAAACAAUUGAUCAAGAAGUAUUCGUAUAUAAAGCAAACUGCAACUAAAGCAAAUUGUUCUAAGUAACCAUUGAUAACACGGAAGUAUAUAUUUAAUAAUAGAUAAUUGCUGGAGACAUGCAAACAAAGUAAUAAACAAAAUUUUAAAUUAUUUCUGUUAACUUAUUAUAACAUGAGGAAGUAAUAAAAAAUAAAUAAAAAAUACGCAAAAAAAAUAACUUAACUAGUGAAAAUAUUAAGAAUUUAAGGUACUGUGUUUAACAUAUAAGAUAAAAACAACAAAAAAAUAUCACUCUUUAAUAAUUAAUGAAUUGAAUAUAAUUUUAAAAAAAUCAAGCAGAGAUUUGUUGUAAGGAUCGUUAAGCAGAAAAUAUAUAUAUUUAAUAAGAAAACAAAACUAGAGAUCAGCAGCUAUAUGAUAAGAUAAGAGAAGAUCACCCUUCUUGGUAGAACCAUCAAGGUGAAACGCGAAAGAAAAGAAAACUGAUAGUUUUAAGGACUAUGAAGCCGCUUCAAGGAGCGAAAAGAAAUGGUAGCAGCAGAAAUAAGGCAUGCACAAAAUUAAAGCGAACAUAAAAAUAUAUUUGCUUGAGCCGCAGAAGAAUGAAACGAAACCCUUUCAGACCCACACGCUAACAGUAAUGAAAGGAAAGUGUGUAUCAGAGCGUCAUAUCGAACAAAAAACCAAUCAAACAUUACGUAUAAUCCUAAACAUCACUGAGAACCGAAUCAAUUUUAUAUAUCCAUAGUAGGUAGUGUUCUAGCAUACAAUUGUAUCAGUCAUCCAUACUGUAGCAGAACGAGUCGGAACCAUCCGUGAUUAUUCAUUGAAGCGCUGCGCAACGCAAGGUCCGAAUAUUGAACGAUAGAUACAAGCCAAGUUCCUGCAGAGAGCGGGAGUUAUGAGUGGCUUCCCCAAACCAUAUAUCCAGCCAAAAUGGUGCUUUGAAGGGAUACCUGACGUGUAUUUCCUUCCGUCGCAGCUUAUUGCGCAACGUUAGCCCUGCCCACUUUUGCGAGAAAUUGUAAAAAGAAGGGCACAUUCAGUUUCGUUCCAGUAGCCGUGCGAUACAAAUCUAUAAUUUGGGACACCAGUUUCUUCUAUAGCGAAUUGGAGAUGAAUAUAAGAUUUUAUUCGAAGCGGUAAUUAACAGGUUUUUAAAGCUGUUGUCCUACUUAUCAUGUUCUAAUAUUUGUAUUAGUGACGCCAAGGUGGCUAUGAAUAUUAAAUAUGAUUUGAAUAUUUAUGCAACCCUUUUUCGGAUUUUGCAUAUCUUUUGAUUUCUAUCCUCAUUCUUCAAAUAAUACCUCUUUGUAUUAGCGGAGUCUUGUGAUUAGAAACGAUAAGCUAAUCAAUUAUUUAAAUAGCCGCAUUAUGUGUUUCAGAACAUUCUAGCUAAAAUCGCAUUGGUACCUUUUCUUUAUUUUUAGGAACUAUAAUUGGCUUAUAAUUAUCAUAAAACAACACAUUUUGACUUGAACAAGUUGAUCUCUCAUUUGAGUUACACUGAUUUGACAUUCAAUAGGCUCACAACUAUUGAGAACGGUGAGCUGACUUCGUUAAUGAAUAUAAUCGUUUAUUACACUUUUCCAUAGUAUUGCAUUACUAUAGAAGCUUGAACACUAGCUUGUGUCAUGCCAGACUGAAACGGUUUCAAAUUGUUUACCAAGUUAGUCACAUGUUAGCGAUUCGUAGUACUAGAUUCAAUAUAUUCAAAAUCAAUCGUGAAAUAUUCACCAGAUUUGUGAUAAAAAAUUUCCUUAUUCAGCGCUAGUAGUCUGCAAAGAUGCCCUCGGCGCUUUCGGAUCUCAUUUAAAUCAACCUGCUUAUAUUAUUUCUGAACAUCGUUCUAGUACUACUAAAUCAUAAACGUAAACACAACACACCACAGACACACACAUAACCGCUAUCGUAAUCACCUUCCACGUAGAUGUAGACGAACCUCUCCGUAACGGCUCGUGAACUGAUCCGGCGCAGGUUUAUCCGGUAGCAUGGAACAACACUCUUCUAUUACCACUAAUGCGUGUAAAAUGGAACCCAACUCUUUCGAGCAUAUUUCGCCUGUGCAAAGUGUAGACUUUUCGUACUUUUUGGAGAGAUAUAUAACAUGAGCUUACACAUACACGUGUAUUUUUUAUCCUUGUAAGACAAUAUAUACAAAACCACAAAAAGCAUCCACAAGCAACAUAUAAUCUACUACUACUAUUAAACUACGACAAACAAGAAAAUGCGCCACACGUUCACAAUCACGAGGGAUGUCCUUAUGUAGCACCUACCACCAUCACACCACUAGCUGAAAUCGUAUAAAUGAAAAAAUGUUAAUCAUCAAACUCGUUGCACUCUAGAAGCAAGCAUAUUUUAAAAAGAUAAACCGAAGCGUCCAGCCAGCCAAACGGCUUUACUACUACCUAUCUUCACUCGUUUAGUUUAAGAUUAUACUUCGUAGAAAAUGCUGGACAUUUUCGUUCGUCUUCUGCAAAAGGGCACAAACAGCAACAGUAAUUUUUUUUUGACUCCACCCGUGCACCUGCCUGACAGAUCAUGUUAUGAUGAAAAUAAAUCAUUUGAUUAUACAAAUUCGAACAAAAUUGUAAAAAAACUAAAAGUUACAACCAACUAAAUACCCGUUAAGAGAACAGCACUGAAAGGAAGGGAAAACGGACCCGACACGUAUUUCUCGUAGUACAUGUAAAAACAUGAAAAUCAAAGGAAUCAGCCAUAUAUAUAUAUAUGUAUCUCGGAACUACCCAAGAAAGAAACGAACUUUCUUCAAUGUUCAUAAUGAAACAGUGUACAGUGUGUACAUCUUCAGCAGAAACUCGAAACUCGGUUCAUAAUAAGGUUUUAAUUUGUGAUUUAUUUUACCUUAAAUAGAAGCAAACAAGGAAGCUUACAUUGCCCCAUAAAUAUAUAUAUGAUAAACUUAUGUACGCAAUUAUCGCAAAUAGCGAACAAAAAUAAUAAUGGAUACAAGAGGAAAGCAAAAAAGUCAAAUACUAACAAAAUAAAUAACACAUAUAAGAUUUAUUUUACCCCCUUCCAGACGAAUGCAAUUAAACACCCUAGAUAGGUUUGAAUAAGAGUUGUUACAUUUAUCAAUUUGUUUUUUGCUUUUAAUUUGGUUUUCCACUUUCCCUUUUUACGCAUUAUUAUACUAACGAUUUACUAAUUUUGAACGUUUUAUCGAAAUCUAACAAUGAAAAUCACAAACAAAAAAAUACAAAAAAAGGAAGUAGAUUAUGAUUUACCGAAUAAAAAGGGAAAAUAACACACCCACAGAAAGGAGCAGGAGAGAAGCACAUACACACUCAAUCAUACUGUUACUGUCUCGUUAUUGAAGGUGUCGUAUUGAAGUAGUAAAUCAGCAGAGAGAAAAAAAUCAAAUAUAACAAAACAUAAAAAAAAACUUGAA